CUCCAGCCAUUUUCGCGUACAAAAUAUUAAAUAAACAUGAAUAUUGGAAUUACGUGUAUAUAUAAAUUAUAAACGGAGGUAAUAAGAAAAGUAAUGUAAUAAUAAAUAAGAAAUCCAUUUAAUCAUCAUCGUCGUCUACAGUUUUCGUUGCCGGUAAUUGCUCCAAGUGUGUACCAUCUCCGACACUUUACCAUGAAUCUUCGCCGCCUCCGAUUCAUUCUGUAGUUUCAGCACAGAAGAAAUCGUGCCGCGCACCGCUUAGGGUUUUUCGGUUUAUUAAAAAAAAACGACGGGAGACCAUUGUGUUUGUAUUGCUUUUUCAGAGAGACCCAGAUAGGGAAGCUAGGGUUUUUGAUGAUUUGAGAGGAUUUCCCUGACUUUGGGGGGGGGAACUUUUUUUAGGGUUAGAUUACUAAUAUAAGGGAUACAAGAGGAUAAUGUGUAUACUGUGUGUGAUUCAGAAGUGGUCAAGAAGGGUGGCUACCAUGUUGCCAUGGUUAGUGAUACCUUUAAUUGGGCUGUGGCUGUUGUCCCAGCUCUUGCCUCCAGCUUUCCGGUUUGAGAUCACUUCCCCCAGGCUGGCUUGCGUGUUUGUCCUUUUGGUUACCCUUUUCUGGUACGAAAUUUUGAUGCCUCAGUUGUCAGCUUGGAGGGUGAGAAGGAAUGCCAGGCUUAGGGAGAAGAAGAGGUUUGAGGCAAUCGAGUUGCAAAAGUUGAGGAAGACUGCUACGAGGAAGUGUAGGAAUUGUUUGACCCCUUAUCGGGAUCAGAAUCCUGGUGGUGGGAAGUUCAUGUGUUCAUACUGCGGCCAUGUUUCGAAAAGGCCCGUCUUGGAUUUGCCCGUGCCACCGGGAUCAAAUUCGGGGAUUUUGAAAGAUUUGGUGGGGAAAGGCGGGAGGAUGUUGAACGGUAAGGUUUGGUCGGAUAAUGGUUGGCUGUGUGGUCAGGAUUGGCUGGAGAACGGGAAUUGGGUUGGUGGCGGUGGAUCUUUAGGCAGGAAAUCGAGUUAUUGGAGGAAUUCCAGUGGCGGUGGCGGAGUUUUUGGAGGAGGAGAUGAUGACUGCUUGGCGGAGAAGUCUUAUAAUCGCAUUUUUGUUUUUGCUUGCAAGUUAUUUGCAACUGUUUUGUUCUGUAUGCUCUGGCUUUGUAGGAAGCUUUUUAGGAUUAGUAGUGCAUCCAGAGAUGAAUCAUCAGUGGAUGGGGAUAGAGGAGGUGGGUUGGAUAAAAGGAGUGAAAAUGGGGGCCCUUUCCAUGAGAGUAGAGGAGAGAAGGCUCGCAGGAAAGCGGAGGAGAAAAGGCAAGCGAGGUUGGAGAAGGAAUUAUUGGAGGAGGAGGAGAGGAAGCAACGGGAGGAGGUUGCUAGGUUGGUGGAGGAGCGCAGGAAAUUGCGGGAUGAAAAAAUAGAGGCUGAGAAAGGUCAUCAUGGCAAAAGGUCGCCCCCUUUAAAAGGGUCUGAGAGCAAGAAACAAACAGAAAAGAAACGUCACGAAAAGAAAAAGGAACGAGAUCGUGGAUCUAGCAAAAGUAACUCUGACGUCGAAGAGAUGGAGAAAAGAGCUAGCAAAGAAAGUGAGCGAAUCAAAAAAGGUGACUGUGAGCGGCGAGAAAAUCAUAGAACUGUGUCCGAAAGUGUGAAGGCGACACAUGUUAAUGAUGUGGGCCAUGCAUUUAAAGGUACUCUCGCGCAUAAUCAUAGCCGAGGUAGUAUUGCUGGUAGCAGAUACUUUGAUCGCGUGAAAGGCACAUUUUUGUCUUCUUCUAGAGCAUUUACUGGUGGUGGUUUUUUCGGAAAGACAUCAAAUACUGCCGCUUCAAGAGAAACAAAAUCUAGUCCAUUUGUAGAUCAAGUUCAAAUACAUGCAAAUAAAAGAGAAAUUCCUCUAACCGAUCGUGUAUCUUCAAAACCAACAAGCGUAAUUGGAGAUGAAAAGAUCAACAUCCGUCCUCCUGGGCCUGUUGAAGCUCAACCUAGUCCGGCCCCUAAAAAGUCAUGGCAACAUCUGUUCACUUGUUCUUCUCCCCCUGCUAAUUCUAAUGUAAUAAGUAGGCCAAAUACAGGUUCCAAAGUAGAACUUAAUAACCCCUUUCCAGCUAGCAUGCCGCCAACUGCUCCAGCAUUUGACAACCCUAUUAGUUUUGGACUGCCCUUUACUUUGCCUUCUUUUCCUCCUGGACCUCCGAACAACAGCAGUAGAAGUUUUCUUUCAUCAUCAGAGGCUAUGUUUCCUCAAAUUAGAGAAGCACCGCUUCAAUAUUUGCCGGAGGAGUCAGAGAAUUUUGCAGAUCCUUGUUAUGUUCCCGAUCCGGCAUCCUUGCUCGGGCCCGUGUCUGAAUCUCUUGAUAACUUCCAGUUGGAUCUCGGAUUUUUGUCAGAUACAGGGUUGGAAACACCAUCUGCUUUCAAAAGUAGUCCUUUACCUGCUGAAGUCAGUAGACCAUCUCCUAUUGAGUCUCCAAUUUCACGAUUAAGAAUUCCGGAAGAAAGGCAUGCCAUUCCUUUUUCUUUCCAAGGUGCUUCAAGGCCCCAGGACCUGCAGCAUAUUCCAGUGGAUGGGUAUACUAAUCUGAAUGAAGCUCGACCUUUUCAUAUGUGGGAAACUCCAAGCCCUUCCAGCUGGCUGCCUGUUGAACUUAGCGGACCUAAGAAUGAAGAUGUCUUGCAUUCUGCUCCUGCACCUCAGAAAUCAAUGGCUUCACUUUUUAAGAACGAUGAUCAUGUCUGUUCCAGUGCACAUUCUUCUCAGAAGGUUCUUUUUGGCCAUGUCCAGACCGGUGGAACACCUCACAAUAGUUCUAUGACUGUCGGUAAUGAUGGUUGGUUGCCCAAGACAUUUUUCCGGCCAAAUCCUGGCAGUGAAGAUCUUCUUUUUUCUUUGCCCAAGGAAGAAGCUGUUCAGAAUAGUAAGAUUUAUGGAAGCCCAAGUGGUAGUGUAACUAGCCAUCUACCUGAGGCGUCCGCAGCUAAUUCUUGGGGAAAGAAUGACAGAAACGUUCAGAGUUCAGGAGGAGUCGGCGUAGGAAAUGCAUCAGUGACGAUGAAGCCCCAUGUUGUUGGUCUCUACUCAACUCCAGAUGUACAGUCUCUGUGGUCAUAUGAUCAAGAAAAAAGAAUAUGAGAUUAGAAUACAAUGUGGGACGUAAAAAGAAUUCAAUUCAAUACAACUCCUGUAGUGAAAAGAGAGGGCUAACAGCCUCUUUUUGAGAGAGAAUUUAGAAAUACUGGACACAAUGUAUCUUCCUUCUUUUUCUUUACAAGGGAGAUUUACUUUACAUCAUCAUCAUGAUCAUCAUCAACAUUAUAGGGGUAUACUCUGGCUGCCUUGCAUGACUAUCUUUAACUAGGGAUGAAUUGCUUCUUCUCUCCUUGCAGGUUUAGCAAUCUGACCUGAUUGUGGCCAUUUAAUUUGAAGUACAUUAGGUUUUGUUCACAAGGUGGAUUGAAUGCAUUUUUCCAUUUGUGGGAUUUAGUCUUGUAGCUGUCAUUGUGUCUGUUGAAAAUGUGCCGAAGAGGUUUAGGGAUUUAGUCUUGUAGCUGUCAUUGUGUUUGUUGAAAAUGUGUGGAGGAGGUUUGGCUUUUAGAAUUUGUGUUUGAUAUAGAACAAUGGCAAUAUAUGAACUAUAUAGAGUUCUCCGUACGUAAGUACUUAGUUUUUGCCGAUGUAAGUUGCUCUCUUGAAGUUUUGAUCCCACCGGAAAGUGGGGAGUCUUCGAGCAUGCAUCUCUUAUGGGCUAUAAGGUCUCCAGUCGAGUGCUUUUCACUUGCUUUAGUUCGUUGCUAUCCUCUGCCAUGGUCUUAGCAACGUUCACCCUUGUGUAUUGUUUGGUUCUUUUCUAUACAAGGAAUUCCUUUUCAGUGUUUGCUGCAAUGUCUCCGUUGGAAAUGGAACCUCAUCUCCUUAGAGAAAUCGGCAAUCCACCCGAAUUGGAUUCCUUUGGUGUUUCCCCUAUCGUCAUGGUUAGGCGUCAAAAAAUUUCACUAAGUAUAUGUGUAUCAGCCAGCGCGAAGGGAUGAAUAUGCUGUACUUUCUAACUCUUGAUCUUUAGGAUGGGUAAGUGGGUAAGACAUCUGAAGCUUCCUUGGUUAAGUACUUCUUGUCUGGUUUGGCCAACCUGUUGCAUUGAAGCAAAAGAAAGUCUUGUUUUCUUCUUCUAGUUAGAAUUUAGAAACGACUGUGGUUCAGAUAGAACCAAUUGAUCAAGCACGGAGUAAAUUGGUCUCAAUGCUAAACGCGAGCACUAGAUGACCCGUGUAUACUUCGUAAAGUUGUAAACAAAUGCACAACCACAGUACUUUGGUUUAAACUUUUGUACAAGAAUCCACCCACGUUGGCUAGAAAUAUAUAUGCAUCACAAAUAAGAAUCCAGACCUGUCUAAAAGUAUCAAUUUUCUCGAACCAUACUCGUGAAAGCUCCACGAGGACGAGGUAUCAAUCCGACUAGACUGUUUCUUGUUAUCAAGGAAGCUCAGCUGAACCUGCAGCCUCUAAAACAGCAGGCACUUGAGAGAGCUGGUGCUGUUCCUGUGGCAUCUCCGGCAGCUGAGGAAGUAGUUGCUCUGGCAUAUUGCCUUGCCAUGCCCAUACAAUGUCCUUCAAUGCUGGCCUUAUGUCCUGCUUAACCAUCUGGUCAUAUUCUACGGUAUCCCCAGUACACUUUUUCACCUCUACCAAAUGAAAUUCUGGAGUGAUCUCAAAGAUCUCUGCGUCGAUACACAAUUCCCCUUUCCGGCCCGCCUUUGAUCUUUCUAGUUUCAUCAACCCUCUGUCCUUUUUACUUACCUUCAAACCUAGACGCCCCGCUAACUCCUCUAGCUUUGAGAUGAUGGUUUUUGCCGUUUGUCUCGAUGUAAACCUCAUUUCUUUCUUUCUAUCAUCGCUCCCCAUGAACAAUCCGGACAGGUCGAAACCAGCAGAAAAUGAGAUGAUGUCAAAUGCAUUCAGUCUCAUUGGCUGGUCUUGCUCAUUGCUACAAUUUGUCCCACCAGGUUUAUAUCCCGGGUGUGAAUCGAUUCCAGUCUCUUUUGUAUCAAGCCUUAUUACAGCCUUCCUAUCACAACUGGCUUCUCUUUCAAUACUCGGUUCAAAACCCUUUCGGAACCAAGGAUUUUCCAUGAUUUUAGGUAUAGAUAUCCUGGUGUUCGGAUUUGGAUCCAAUAUUUUGGAGAUUAGCCGGCGAACUUCGGGGGAAAACCAGUUAGGAUACUUGAACUCCGCCUUGCUAAUCUUUCUAUACAUCACCAUUAGAUCUGAGUCCUGGAAAGGAAGAUAAGCAGACAACAGAACAUACAAGAUCACCCCACAUGACCAGAUAUCGGCCUUGGCCCCGUCAUAACCCUUGCGAUUGAUUACUUCCGGCGCAACAUAGGAAGGCGUGCCACAGGUAGUGUGGAGCAAGCCAUCCUGCCUCUUUGAUCCCGCGAGCGCGCUCAAUCCAAAGUCCGAGAUUUUAAUAUUCCCAUUCUCAUCCAGCAGUAGGUUUUCUGGUUUCAAAUCACGGUGAUACACACCUCGGCUGUGGCAGAAAUCCAUUGCACAAAUCAACUGUUGGAAGUAUUUCCUAGCAACGUCUUCUUUCAGCCUUUUCCCUUUGGCGGCCAGGUCCGCCACCUUUUUGAAGAGCUCACCUCCUCUCAUAUAUUCCAUGACAAAAUAGAUCUUGUUUUUGCUAGCCAUAACCUCAUAAAGUUGCACAAUGUUCGGAUGCCUAACCAGUUUCAUCACAGAAAUCUCCCUUUUGAUUUGAUCAGCCAUGCCAACCCUCAAAAUCUUUUCCUUGUCAAUGAUCUUGAUGGCCACAUUUGAACCGGUAGUAACAUCCUUUGCAUGAUAGACCUUUGCAAAGGUGCCUUGCCCCAACAGUUUCCCCAACUCGUAACGUCUCAUCAAUGUGGUUGUCCCUUUGUUUUCCAUGUCAACACCCCUAAAUACUAAAAAAGAAAUUCAAAGCUGAAAGCUGGAACUGAAGAUACCAAACAUAUAAUGAAGAUCUCAAGAACCCUAAAAGAAAUUAGCUCAACCAUCUUCACAGAGGUCAUGAUAUGACGAUGCUAUCAUCCGCCUUCUGCAACACUCACUGUAAACCGACAUACCGCGAGAGAUGGGAAAAGCAGUAAUCUUUAUUGUCGGGCUGCUGAUGAGGCAGAGGUUAAAAGCAAUGAAUGUGGCAGAGAAGAUAUUGAUCAGGAAUCCAUUAACUUGUUCAAGUUUUUCCUCAGAGAAUGCCUGGUCAGCUUGCGAAAACCACAUCUUUCAACAUUCCCAGAGGGUUAAAUCUGAGAACACUGAAGAUAAACUCUGCACCUGAAAAAUUAUGCAACAGAAACAAUCGCAUGUUGGAAACACUAGAUGAAAGAGUGGAGAGAACCUAUGGAAUUGUGAUUGAAAAAAAAAAAAAAAUUCAUGUAGGACUCAAGACAGCAUGUUGUAGAAGGAUAUAAAUCACACUCAUCAACAAUUAAUCAGGAAACACAGAGACUAAAAUGGGAGUGCUCAUCAGUCCAUCGACCUCUGAAUUAUUCCUUCGCACUCCCCCGGCAUUGAAUACUUCAUCAUCCAAAUAAAAAAAAUGUAACAAAUUGAUGCUAAUAAGCAAUUGUUAAAAGGAGGAAAGCUGUAUUGGUGGUGGUACUAAUAAUUUUGUCCGAUGAGUCAAUGCCACAACUUAUAGAGGGAAGCCAAUUUCCUCCCCCCAUUUCCACCCUCACGGUCAGGUUUGAAAACAACAAAACACGACAAACACACGAAACAUACAAUUAAUUCACAAAAAACAAUCGGAGAAACCCUUAAAGACAACAACGCACAAGAAGCGAGAACAUAACUCAAACCUCGUACCUGUUCAAGUAGAGACGAAGA